GAUGUCCAAAACACUUCUUGCAUUAUUGCUCAUCUCCAUGCUUGCUUUUAGCGCACAAGGUAAACUACACAUUUAUAUUCACACUAACCCCCAUAUAUUAUUUAUUUAUUCACAAAUUCAUAUCUCCUGACUCAACUGAAAUAAUAUACUUUUAGCUGCCACAAGUAACAAGCAUAUCUCCAAACAUCCUUAAUCAAGCAGUAGUGAUGCUUAAUCAUCAUCAGAGGAAGAAUCAGAAGAAAGCUCAGAACUUUUGGCUUAAUCAUCAUCUGAGGAGGAAUCAGAAGAAGAGGAAGAAUCAGAUGCAUAAUCAUCAUCUGAAGAAGAAUCAGAAGAGGAAGAGGAAUCUGACGCUUAAUCAUCAUCAGAAGAAGAAGAAGAAGAGGAAGAAGAAUCUGACGCUUAAUCAUCAUCUGAGGAGGAAUCAGAAGAGGAAGAGGAAUCCGAUGCUUAAUCAUCAUCUGAAGAAGAAUCAGAAGAAGAAGAAGAAUCAGAUGCUUAAUCAUCAUCAGAAGAAGAAUCAGAAGAGGAAGAAGAAUCAGAAGCUUAAUCAUCAUCAGAAGAAGAAUCAGAAGAAGAAGAAGAAUCAGAUGCAUAAUCAUCAUCAGAAGAAGAAUCAGAAGAAGAGGAAGAAGAAUCAGAUGCUUAAUCAUCAUCUGAAGAAGAAUCAGAAGAAGAGGAAGAAUCAGAUGCAUAAUCAUCAUCUGAAGAAGAAUCAGAAGAAGAGGAAGAAUCAGAUGCUUAAUCAUCAUCAGAGGAGGAAUCAGAAGAGGAAGAAGAAUCAGAGAGAUGUAAAAAAAGAUUUUAUUUUAGUGAACUUCCGUUUACAUUAUGCUGAAGCAGCUGCCAGCACAACCACUCCUCCCCCAGCAACUCCAGCAACUCCAGCAGCUCCAGCUGCUGCAACCAAGAAUGGAGCUAUACUAGCAGCCAGUUUAGUCUUAGCCGCCAUUGUUUUCUGAU